CUUUCAGAAGAAAAAUGACACACAGACAUGUUACAAACUCUAUAGACAGGAUUUUUACCAGAGGGGGAUUUCUUACAUAUUUUACACCACAACCAUUUAGUAUCCCCAAACUUGCCCCCCCAAUAUUCUGUUUGCACCCCCAACAGGGGCUGGCUAGAUCCGGCCCUGGUUCUUAUCAUAUUCUGUCGCACGUCUAUAUUUAGUUGUCUGUUUACUAACACAACAGAGUCAUGGUUAGUCUUCUUGCUCAAAGAAAUGAAUUUUUAUUUCCCAUUAUUGUCCAAAACAUGUAGAACAGACAUGCAGGACAGGUAUGCCAGCAGUGAGAAUACCAGGGGACGACAUGUACACUACAAAAUAAUCAUCACAAUCAAUUAAAACUGUUCAAAGAGCAAUGCUUUCAUAAAUAUAUAUGUUUUAAAACUCUAAUGGUGAGUAAACAUAAUUCGAAUUAUUAAAUUAUUACAGGGAAAACGUUGUGAUGAACAAUAUUUAGAUUUAUUAAUAUACUUACAAGUCCUGAUUUUAUGUUUAAUCUUGUUUUUUUUCCAUGAAAUCCAAAUAUGUCAAGAUGACCUAAAUCUGCCAGUUCAGCUCAAAUAUGAUCUGUUCCCAUUUCACCGGAAAUCUGGAAUAAAUAUUGUCAUUUAUCAAACGUACACAAAUCUAAAUGUUUUUGUAACAUUACAGUUUGUGUCUCAGUGUUCUUUACAUGGUUUACAGUUGGAAUCAAUUGUCUUAUAACAUCCUAACAUGAUGGGAAUGAUGUUUGUAUGAGACAUCUAUCAUCUUAUUCAUUAAUAACUUCAUGACCACCAAUCCACGGAUUUUAACCUUUGACUCACCCACUCAGAUACACUUUUUUACAAAGUAAAUGAAUUUCAUGUACUGUUGUGUGUUUAUUAGUUAUACUGGAGGCAGAAUUCAUGUUAUUGUGGUGAUCACAGCAGGCUACAGAUCAUUGGGACGUUUUGUGCUAAAAUAAGUCAUUCCUGAUGUCACAUGAAGCCAUUUGUUUACCAAAGAGAAACAAGAACAUUUUAAACUUAACAACAUGAUUCAUGCUGUUGAUCAAAUUAAAGGAUAAACUUCUUAGGAUUGUGUUGAUUUCUCUCCUGUUUGCUUCCGUUUAGAAACAUAUAUUCAAACAACUUUUUAUGGUGAACUAAACAUCUUCAUGACCUUUAAAUCCUGAAAUUCAAUACAAAUCUUUCCAUCAAUGCAAAACGUAACAACAUAAAAACUGCUCUCCGACGUCACUGAGCCGAAUGAUCACGUUUGACGCGGGAAGAGUUCAUUAAAGCUCAUCAACUGACAGUUUACUGGAAUUUCCAAAGAUAAUUUCAGAGUAUUACUUCAUAAAUCACUCGCUGACCGAGAGGAAAAAGAAAACUUCAGAGUUUCAACAUGACACGAACGCCCAGUGGGAAAUUGAAUUUCCACUUUCAAAGAAUUUUCUGCUUUUCAAAAUCCUAUAUGUGAGACUUAGAGCAAAACAUUAUCGCUUUAUAAGUGACUUUGCUGGUCAUAAAGUCACAUCUUAAGCUUCAGCUCACUUCAAUGAAAACAUACGUUAUGAGGUUCCAUUUAUGCCCAAACGUAUGUUUUUGCGUCCACUGCGAUGUCUUUGUGCCAUUGUCUAUGUCUACUGAACAAGUUUAUUGAACUCUUUCACAAAGUAAACACAAGUUUUUCAUUUUAACUUGAAAAUAGAAUUAACUUUGUCCAGUUUUCACUUUCAUCUGGAGCAAAUAGAAGUAAAUAUGUGGUUUCUAAGCCAGAUGUUUGCAGUUUUCAGGUGUCUGAACAAAAGUUGAAAUAACUGCUCUGUAGCUGAGGACACAACUGUGGUUUCAUCUAUCGUCUUAACACUUCAAAUAACAGAAUAAUUCGAACUCUCACUUAUAUGAGACACAGCACUUUUAAAUACCAGUCUAUGGUCGCCUCUUUAAACUUUAACAUUUUAUCUUUUAAGUCUGCAAUUGUUUAGUUUUUCAGUUUACACCACUUGGUCAUUUUAUGUCAUUGUUUUAUUGGUUUUUAUACUUGUAUUAUCAUAAGUGUUUUUUAUUUUUGAUAUUUUUCGGUCUUUCUUGUUGCAAAUGGACCUUUAAUCUGUAAUAAAGAAUAUGUUUAUUUGUUUAUUUUUUUAAUAUGUUUUGUAUAGAUGUACAAUAUAUAUUAAAGGCUGUUUGUUCGUUUUUGAACUCAAACUGACAUUUGCAAUAAAGUUUAUUUAAAAAAAACGUAAUAGUGCUCAAAAUCCCCAUGGUCCAUGAAGGCAUCCCUCGAUGACGUCAGCUACGUAUCGGCCGUCACCGGAAGUUGGUCAGAAUUUUGCUCCUCUUCGCCUCGUCGUCCCGGGUCGGAACCCCCGCCGCGUCCUGAGGCAGAAACGGGGAGAAUUGUCGUGUUUUUCUCUCCAGGAAACCCCGUUUUCACCGGGAGACGUUCCCGCCAUGGCAGAGGAGAGGCGACUGUAGGAGGAAACUCUGAACUCCAGACCGGAUCCCAGCGGACUGCAGCCAUCAUGAGGUGACCUCUGACCUCUGCCUCUUCUGCUGAUCUGGACAAAUGGCACGGAUCACGCUGUCCUGCCUGCCGGCGUCCUGGUACUGCAGCGUGUCGCUGCUGUCCAUCGGCUGCGCUCCCAGGCAGAGGCUGCUCCUGCUGCUGCUCCUCCUCACCUCCGCCCUGCUCCUCCUGGCCAGCCAUCAGAGGCAGCUGUGGGGCUCCCAGCCGCGGCCCAGAGUCAACAAGUACCUGUCCCUGGCGGAGUCCAUGGAGGCCACCAACGUGCUGAACCCCGCCCUGAACUACGGCGUGGUGGUGGACUGCGGCAGCAGCGGCUCGCGGGUCUUUGUCUACUACUGGCCCCCCCACAACGGGAACCCCCACACGCUGCUGGACAUCCGGCAGAUGAGGGACCGCGACUACAAGCCCGUGGUGAAGAAGAUCAAACCCGGAAUCUCCACGCUGGCCUCCCGGCCGACGCAGGCGAGCGUCUACCUGCAGCCGCUGCUCAGCUUCGCGGCGGCGCACGUCCCGCAGAGCAAACACAAAGAGACGCCGCUCUACAUCCUCUGCACGGCCGGCAUGCGGCUGCUGCCCGACAGUCAGCAGGCCGCCAUCUUGGACGACCUGGUCACCGACGUUCCUCUGGAGUUUGACUUCCUGUUCUCGCGCUCGCACGCCGAGGUCAUCUCUGGGAAACAGGAAGGCGUGUACGCGUGGAUCGGCAUCAACUUCGUCCUGGGCCGCUUUGAUCACGCCGACGAAGAGGACGCCACGGUAGAGGUGAGCACCGGCUCUCAGAGCCAGCCCCCGAUCAGCCGGCGCCGCACCGUGGGCAUCAUGGAUAUGGGCGGAGCCUCGCUGCAGAUCGCCUACGAAGUGCCCAACGCCAUCACCUUCAGCUCGCCGCAGGAGGAGGAAGCGGCGAAGAGCGUCCUGGCGGAGUUCAACCUGGGCUGCGACGUGGAGCGCACGCAGCACGUGUACCGGGUCUACGUCACCACCUUCCUGGGCUUCGGAGGGAACAUGGCGCGGCAGCGCUACGAAGACCACGUCGUCAACAGCACCUUCGCCAAGAACAGGUUCCUGGCGGCACAGACGGGUCUGAGCGAGGACAAACCGUACCUGGACCCCUGCCUGCCGCUCGGCAUGUCGGACACCGUCGUCCGGGACAACCGGACCCUGUUCCUGCGAGGUCAGGGGGACUGGAGCCGGUGUCAGGAGGCCGUGAGGCCUUUCCUGGGCCUCCACAACGGGACCAUGUCUCCACAGGGAGUCUACCAGGCUCCCAUCAACUUCAGCAACAGCGAGUUCUACGGUUUCUCGGAGUUCUUCUACUGCAUGGAGGACGUGCUGCGGAUCGGAGGCCAGUACGACAGCGGCAGAUACUCACAGGCCGCUAAGGAUUACUGCGCCACCCGGUGGUCCACGCUGAAGCAGCGGCUGGACGACCAGCUCUUCUCCCAGCAGGCCGACAUCAGCAGACUCAGGUAUCAGUGCUUCAAGUCGGCCUGGAUGUUCGAGGUUCUGCACUCCGGUUUCCGCUUCCCGCCCGACUACCGGAGCCUGAAGACGGCCCAGCUGGUCUACGACAAGGAGGUCCAGUGGACUCUGGGCGCCAUCCUGUUCAAAACCCGCUUCCUGCCUCUCAGGGACCUGCAGCAGGAGACGCUGCGGCAGAACCACCCCGGCUGGCUCCGCCCCUCCUUCGUCUACAACCACCACCUGUUCUCGCUCUGCGUGCUGGUGGUGGUGCUCGCCAUCCUGCUGUACAUCCUGCGCCUGCGGAGGAUCCAUCAGCGGGAGCUGCGGCAGGCCGAGGUCCUGGACCUCCUCUGGGCCGAGGAGGGAGAGGCUCUGCUCCCCUGAGGAGGAGCACGGACCGCCCGCCGCUGGAGGCGGAGCCUCAGAUCUCCUCCAUCUUCCAUGGUGCAGCUUUAAAGUCAGAAGAACUUUUGUCUUUUUUCUCAAACCUCAGGGUGAAAGGGAUCAAACCACUCCCCCGACCUCCUCCUCCUCCUCCCUGACAGAAGCUUUCCUUCGUCCUUGUUGGUCCUCCAGAGGAGGACCGGUGAGACGUCUUCAGGAGGAGAGGAGGGAAACCUGUGAAUGUAGAACUUCUUCACUGCUGGAGAACGUCUCUCCUCAACUACCAACUCCAGCAGGAGAUCUCCUCCUGCUUCCAGGUCUGGUUUUGUGUACUGUCCUCCAGAAGUCACAAAUCCGUCAUCUGGAAGCAGUUUGACGUGGUCAUACCUCUGAAUCCUGGCGGUGGGCGGAGCCACGCUGCAGAUUUCCAACCAGCUUCCAGGAGAAGAUCUCUAACUUUUGAGUCUUAAGUUCAAGUUUCAGUUCCAGCAUCAAACGUGUCUGAAGAACCGCCCAGGAACAUUUCCGGAGCGUUCUCCUUUGUGGAUGUAAACCAUCCCUCAGCUCUGAGCCGGAGCUGCGGGAGCGACCAGAAGAUCCCGACGGGAGAACGGGAUUCUGUUUGUCCGUGUUCAUUCCAGUGAAUCCUGAGGAGCAGAAACGCCAAGAUGACCGUAGAAGUGUGUGUGUGUGUGUGUGUG